UUCGCACCGCCCCAAGUCUCGCGAGAGGCGGGAGCUCGCGAAGAUGGCGGCGCUGUGUGAGAGCUUCACGCUGUGCGGUUUGGGUCCCAGCGGCGGCGUGGGCCUCGGCAGCGGCCUCCUGGCGCUGGAGCCGGGCCCCGACCCCGACCACGUCCUGCUCACCGACCGCGGCAGGACGGCCACGCUCUUUAAGGUUUCAGAUCAGAAGCCCCUAGGUUGUUGGUCGGUUAAACACGGGCAGAUUAUCACAUGUCCAGUUGUGUGCAACUUCGAAACUCAUGAAUAUAUAGCUGUUCAUGAUGACAAGGUUUUAAGAAUAUGGAAGAACAAAGAUAUUAACUUGGACAAAGUGUUUAAAGCAACGCUCUCAGCUGAUGUAUACAGAAUACAUUCGCUACCCAACGGAGGGCCGGUGGUACUGUUCAAAGGAGGUGGUGUUCGAACUUUAGAUGUCCUUUUGGAAGCCCCACAACAAGAAAUUGAAAACAUUGUCUCAGAUGAAGUCAUCAAGUGGAGUCAAGCUUUCAUGGAAGGUCAACAGCCUGUCUUAAUUUUCGCUACUGAGAAAGAUGGGGAUUUUUUUGUCUACGUGCAGAGGGUUAAGAUGAAUAGUCUACACAAAUAUAAGCUUGAACAACAGGAAAGUAAACCUAUGAAUUUCACAGCAUGUAUAAAAAAUCAGUUUAUCACAUUGCUCUGUUUGUAUUCCAAUGAUGCUGUGUACAAGGCUCUGAUACCUCUGCAACAAAAUGCUGAAGAGGAAGAGCAAAUUUUGUCCAAGUCGCUACUACUAAACCUUUCGGUAUCUGGAAGCGUUCUAAAAGGCACUUCUUUUGUUGUUCUUGAUAAAGACCAUAUCGCAGUAUUAGGAAGUCUGGUGACAUCGGGAGAAGAAUCCAAAGAAUGCCUAACAAUAUGGAAUACGAAAUUUCAGACACUGCAGACUUCAAAGGAGCUGCCCUUGGGAACCAGUGGACAAUUGUGGUGUUAUGAGGAAAAAUUUUUUUUUACUCAUGGGAAAGUGCUAACGGUAAUUAUUUACAAGUGUGAAACUUCAUCCUUGGCAGCUGCUGUGGGAAAGCUCAAGGACAGUCGAGCCCCAGAUGUGUCUACAUUUGUAAACUGGGAUACCCUUGGAGAAGCAGAGCUGGCGGCUUCGUUUCAGUCACAGCAGUCUGUGCCUCUGAAAUCUGAGCCCAAAAUGACGUUAAGAUCAAGAAGGAAUGCUGUUACUAAAGUACAGCAAGAUACCUUAUCAGUUGGGCAGCUCUUACUAAAUCUAAAGGACGCUUCUACAACUGUAUUUGAAGAUGAAUUGAGACAACUGAUGUCAAAAGCACAGAUGCCAGAUAUCCAAGCCACAAUUGGAUGUGUAAUGACUGCCAUUACAGACAGAUGUAAAGCAAAUCCGAAGUACUACCCGCAAAGUUUCCUGGUACAGAUAGUCCAGACCCGAGACUUGUCUUACAGUUUAUGUCCAGAUUUAAUGGUCGUUGCUUUGGAGAAAAAAGAUGUGCAUCUCUUACAAAUCUGCUUGCAGCGGUUUCCAGAUAUUCCUGAAGAAAUUACUUAUGCUUGCCUGGAAUUAUUUUUAAGCCUUAGUGAAGCCUAUCUUCAAAGCACAGAUGUGAAUCUAGAAUCUGUAAUCUGUUACAUUGAUGUUGAAUUCAACAAUAAAGAAGUUAAGAGUGAAAUUGUAGAAAAUGGUUUCAACGCAGAGCUGGAAAAAGACAGCUGCGAGACUAAAAUCACAAAGGAAACCCAUCUGACAGCUGCUGGUGAACUCUGCCCUGUUGGACCACAGAAGGCAGCAUUAUUAAAUGCUGUUCUCCAGUCAGCUUACAGUGAAACAUUUCUUCUGCCUCAUCUGAAAAACCUUCCAGCUCAGCAAGCUGUUCUGUUUCUCAGAUAUUUACACUACCUGCAUGUGAAAUGUAGUGAAAAAAUUAAUACCACUCUUCCUGGAAUACGUGCUCCAACUGUAAAUCAGAUUAUGGACUGGAUGUGCCUGUUAAUUGACGCUCACUUCACAGUUAUGGUGAUGCUACCAGAAGCAAAAGGGUUGCUUUCAAACCUGCAUAGGUUUGUGAGAGCCCAAGUACGAUUCUACUCCGAACUCAACAAGAUUGAAGGAAGCUUGCGAGAGUUACAAAGACUUAACCACCAGAAAGACAUUCAGACAUAUUCUAUUGAAGUGCUGGAACUUAUUUGAAUUUAAAAUGACUUCUUAAGAAAUUUAUUUUUUAUUGAUUCCUUUAAUGACAAGGAUAUAUUAGCACUCCAUAUUGGGGAUGUGAAAAGUUGUUUUCUACAUAGCUGGAGCACGAUUACUCUGUAGCUACAUGAGAGUUCUAAGUUUGAAACUUGUGUAUUAAAAGCUCUCUUUUUGACUGGUUGAGAAGCUGGAUGCUUGUUAUAUUUCCUCCAUGUGUAAUUUCAGUACGCAGUCAUAAGAACAUCCUAAAAAGCCAUGUGAUUCUUUACAAAGAAUUAGGAGAACAUUUGCAGUAAGGCUUACACAGACAUUUCAUCAAAUGAGUUGACAGUUCUACUUGCUGCUUUUUUUAGUUAAUAAUUGAAGUCUAAUUAGGUUGGUCACAGUACUCUUAUCUCCACUCAGGUUAUGAACUGUAGAUGAACUCAUUUGAGUUUGCUUGUCUUUCUAUUUUUAAGUUAUUUUUACUUAUUCCAAAGAUUCCUUUGACAUUUUCAGACUUAAAUAACUUAAAACAGGGAAGGGAGCUUAACUGUAGGUAUAGGGUUGUUACCUAAUUCACACUGCCUUCUCUCUCCUGUGUCAUGGUAUCACAGCUUGUUAGUGUACCCUUUUGGGCUUUCCUUUCUCAUCUAACCAGCUGCUCGUAUGUUGCUUUUACAAAAACUGAAGGGAGUGGUGUGUGGUGAUUUGUAGUUAAAAUCUUGAAUGACAAUAAUCUAAAGCUGUUUUGAUGCAUCUCCUAUCUGAUAAAACCACCUAUAUCCAGACGCUUCCCACAGCCAGGAACCAGACUCCUUCCUCAAAUGAAGAAGCAAAGUGCAGUUAUUUGAUCUAUGUCUUAUUCCAGUUGUUACCUCAAAAGUUGCCAUCAGAUGAAGACAACUUUGCUCAAGCAGAUAGAUUGCUCCCUAAAGCAGAGUGGAGUUCCUGCAUUUCAGCAUAAGGAGCUGUACUGCAAGACUUCUGCUUUAGAAAUUUCUGGAGCUUUCUGAUGUUGAAAGAUUCCAUCCAUGACCGUCUCCGUUUUUUAAAUACUUCUCUCUUGAAAUCUUGUCUAAAUACAUUUAUACUCCCCUUCCCUCAAAGCUUCAAAGAUAACAUUGAGGUGAAUUUUAAUGCUGUGGACUUCAGAGCGAGUUUGAUGUGUCUUUAAGCUGACUAUGCAACUGAUAACUGCUAGCAGAGCUCAGAGCAAGAAUGGUAUCUUGCUAUUAGAUGGAAGCAAAGAAUUAAUAACUUCUGUUUCUGGGUAGUGAUUUUUCUUUGGUAGUGUUGACUUAAGUAUAGGUCACUGGAUAUAGAGGAGACAUUCAGUUUGAUUUGGAGCGGAAUAUUGGAAAUAAUUGCUUACAUAAAAGGCUCCUUGACCUUUGUCAAGUUAAACUUGCCUGAGAAUGAACAGCAGCGUUUUCUUCCUGUCUCUGGAUAGGGCUAGAACAUAAGAUCAUUAUGGCAGAAGUGCUAGGUGCGCAAGUUACUGGACUUUGGUUGUGUGACUUUGAAAUAGCUGCACACAGUUAAAAGCCUGAAGACUCUUGGAAUUUGACACAUUCCAGUUGUAUACAGUGUUACUGGAGGUCAGUACCAAAUGUAUGUAAAAGUAAAAUUAAAAAUACACUACAGUGGACAGCUGAAGAAUCAUGUGGAGGGAUACUUCUUGGCACUGGCAAUACUUUAAUUUUCUGAACAACAAAAUCUAUCUCCAAUUUAAGUAAGAAUGUUCUUACCUACAUCAGUGUCUGUUUUCCCCAAGUACUCUGUCAAAGAGUGAACACCUCACAUUAAGCUUAAUCUCCUCAAUACUGCUUGUCCUGUGCAGCUUGAAUUUUAGCUUUUCAGAGUAUGUCUUAGGUUUAGAUUUGUUUUGACUGUCUCUUUUUUAAAAAAAAAUGUGAUGAACUAAAAUUUUAUGAAAGCAACACUUGUUAAAGGUAUUACAGAUAUAUGCAUCUAUUGAAUUACACUUCUGCUUAGGUCUUCAAACUGACUUUUAAGUUGUGGAACUGAAUAGUCAUUCAAUUUAAGCUCAUCUGGGAUAGGGGAAAAUGGACAGAUAAGCUUAAUGUCUUAUCUUGAUCACAUGGAUGGUUGACAGAAGCCUUCAGAGAGGAUAGACUUGUUCAGAAUAGAUAGAUGUUCAGAAUAACAAAUAAGAUGUUAAAAACUUAUUUUUACUAAUAAUGUGAUUUAGUAUUAACAUAAUUCAGCAUAUCAGUAUAUUGGUAAGCUUUGGUUUUCAUCAUACUAAAUAAAAUGGUCAUUGGUAAUGUACUGAAUUACACCAGCAGAAGUAAUGUAUGCCUUUGCUUCCUAAGGCUGACUGUAUUUAGUCUACUGCUGAGCUGUAGUCCAACAUUGCUUAGAAACACCGUGGCAUCCUAUAAAUGUAUGUGUAACUGAUUCUAGAGCUGAAUACUUACAUUCAAUGCUUAAUAUAUGUUAUGAAAUAAUUCAGAGGGAAGGACUGGACAACAGCAGGUCAAUAAUUAAAGCCAGAGCAUAUGCUCCCUUGUUAUUAGUACCAUCCAGCUUUAGGUUCUUAAGUUAUUUCUCUUACCCUUGGAGAAGGGAACCCAUCCAGACAACAGCUUGGCACACUAGGCUAUUCAAAUGCCUUUUGAAAGGAGUCUUUUUCUGCGUGUCUUGAGUAUGGAGGCAGUGUAGGGCCUCCUACCUAAAAUU